AGCAUGGCCACAAUUGCAACUCCGUCAAAUGAAAAAGAAGACAAAGUAGUUGCCCUCAAAAUUCUGGUGGACAGAGAGAAAAACAAAGUUGUAUUUGCUGAGGCAGGGAAGGAUUUUGUUGACGCUCUGUUGAGCUUCUUAACAUUGCCGAUUGGGACUAUUGUUAGACUCGUUGGAAAUGAGUCAAGUAUUCAUUCAGUGAGAGUUGGAAGCCUCAGCACAUUAUAUGAAAGUGUGGCAAAUCUUGAAGAGAAGCAUCUAUGGACACCACACUGCAAAGAAAUGCUACUCCAGCCACGGAACUCAAUGGAAGCUUAUUGCCAACAGCUGAAACUGAACAUCGAUGACACAGAACCAAUCAAGUUCUUCGUUUGUGACAAGCACCUGGAUUGUAGAAGGAAAAAUGGGAGCCUCUUGAGCACUUUCAGGAAUCAAAGAUGCCGUUGUGGAAAACUAAUGAGUGGAGUGAUAUCCACAAGAAAUUUGACCCUAGAAAAUGGCUUUGUUGAAGAAACUGCUACUUUUAUCAUUUCUGACGAUCUCUCUGUGUUGCCUAAUGAUGUUGGAAUAAGCGGUCUGCUUCAGAAGCAUGGUAUCGAUAACAUGGAGGCUCUUGUAGAACAAACUGUUGAUAUCAGCAAGGAGGAGGUAGUGGAUCUGCUCAAGUUUGCAUUGCUCUCAAAUACCCCUAUGACCGAUUUUAUCUUAAAGAAGGAACAAUCCCUUGAUAAUUUUAACCGAGGAAACCAAUCCCAGUUUGAGAUUAGAAAGGUUCCAUCUGAUGAGGGUAGGCAAAUGGUUGUGAAAUUGAUAAUAAGAAAAUCAAACAAGAAGGUACUGUUUGCUGAAGCAAAGGAAGAUUUUGUUGACUUUCUUUUUAGUUUUCUCACCUUCCCUUUGGGAGGAGUGUUGCACAUGCUUGAAGGAUUCUCUUCUUUGAGAUGCGUUGAUAAAUUAUAUAAGAGUGUGAUUGAAUUGUGUUCGGACAGAUAUUUAAGCUCACAGGCACUUAAAGACAAACUGGCUAAGCCUCAGUGUGCCCUGCAAUUUAAACUCAGCAACCAAAUAUUACCAAUUGGGGAGGCAUGCUUACCAGUGUUUCAUUCCUAUACUUACACUUACAAUCUUAACACUUAUGAAGUGAAUUCAGAGUUGAAGUUUGUUGAUCCCAAGUCCUCUACUGGAGAAUUAUCAAGUUCUCGAGGAUUUGUCAAAGGACCAUCAAUGUACAUGGUGACAGAUGACUUGGCUGUGACUCCAUUAUCAUCUAUUGCUACCGUUUCAUAUCUAAAUAGAUCAAAAGUCUCCCUCUCUGACUUGGAGGAAACGGUCCUUAGCAUUGGUUUGAAGGAGGGUCUCAGCAUACUAAAAGCUUCAUUGACCUCAACAUCGGCUUUGACAAACGGUCUCAACCAAUAUAUGGAAACCAUCAAGGAGGAGAAUUGACCAAUUAUUUCCAUUUUAUCUAAAAUUAUAGAAAUCGUCAGUUUUAAAAAAAUAAUACUCAUUUUCUUCCCUGGCUGUUAUAAGUUGUUGCUUGAGAUUAA